AUGACUUUGGAGACUUCGUCGCUGAGGGCUGCAGUUCUUGUGUUAUAUUUCAGCUGUCUUACUCUUACCCAAGGCAUUCUGCGCUACCUUCUUCCUGCCCUGGCCGCGACAGCCGUCCUAGCCAAGACUGACCAAGAGGGUGGCACGUCCUUCACCUCGACCGUCACCGUCGACCCCUCUCCGGGAUAUGGCAACACCUACGAGACAGUGAUCUGGUAUGUCCCCGAUACGCUCGAAAUAUGCAGAGGUGUCGACUGCGGCGGCGGUCACGCCCCGCCUCGUAAGGUUCCUGGCUGUCCAGCAUACUCCGGCACCGACACCGUCACCGCGAGUUUCCUCACCACCAACCCAGCCGCCAAGCCAACGGCUACGCCUACAGCUCUAGAUGGUGCAACGGUGCAGACCAGCCCGGUCGCCAAGCUUACCCUCGUACUGCCCGUGUCUACGGGAGAGAGCGCGCCCACAGGCCAAAGGAGCAGCGCAUCAGAGGGCGAUAGCACGACGACGGCUACUGGUCCUGCUGCGACUGCUGCCACGGUGGCGACAGACAGGAGCGGUACUCAGAGCGGAACGGAGGCGGGUUCGACCAACGGGGUUCCGGCGGGGGCGGGGCCGACAGCUCGAGCGGGCGUGGCGGCAGUUCUCGGUCUUGCUGUCGCCGCUGUGGCGCUUGCUUGA